CAGUCUGGAGACGAGCGUCUGCCGGAAUAACGGAAGCAAUUCAAGUGUUGACCGUAGUAUAACCCACGAUAUUAGUUGAUAAACAAAUCGAAACAGUAAAAGGACAUAAGAUUUAAAAAGUUAAAAAAAUAGAAAAUAAUAAGAAUAUAAUAAUAAUCUUCAGAUACAGGGACGAAGCGUUUAUAAGAAAUCUACUCUGCGUGGAAGAAACGAUCGCUGAAAUGGAUAGCAAAUGGAAAAUACAUGUUUUAUUUUCGAGAACAACUUGGUUCAAAACGACUCUGGUCCAAAAAAAGUUAAACUAAAGCGAUUAAAAAUCGGUCACGAGAUAGAGAGAAGAUAUUUGGGACGAAUUGUGGACGGAUAGUGAUUUAAUAGUGAUCGCCAUAAAACAUCACAAUAAUUUUUGGAUGAGGAAUACCUCCCGAGGAACAGCUACGAUGUAACAACGUGAAAUGAUUCAGCGAACUCUUUCUAUUGGAGAUCAAAGUUCAAGUUGUCGCAUUGCCGGUUAGACAGGGGGAUCAGUAUUCUGAGAAGGUCACAAAAAUUUAUCAGCGAUUAACUUGUGUUUUUAAAGAGGAAGAGUGCUAGCAACGCGAGAAGAGAUGUGGAAAUGAAUUGAUGCGGCACGCACGAUAAGAGGCGACUCUCUGAAUAUACAUCUUGAAGGCACGUGAGCCGCAUUGACUUUCAACCUUUCGAAGAAUGAGAGGAAAGAAGGGCCGCUUCCUGCACAUUCGAUAAAAGAUGGAGCAUUUUGCGGCAAAUAAAACGAUCUUUGCUGCAGAAUUUAAUAUUGAAAUUACUGCAGAAGAUGGAGACUACAAGCCAUUCGCGCGAUCUGUGACUAUCGUUGCCGCUGCUUGCGCUAUAAUGUUCAGCAUUAUCGGAGUGUUAGGCAAUCUAGUGACGGUAAUUGCGUUAUUAAAAUACACCAGAUUGAGACGACAUGCCACCACGGCGUUUGUGAUAUGCCUCAGUAUCUCCGACUUGAUCUUCUCGGCGGUUAACUUGCCUCUAACCGCCAGUAGAUAUUUGAACGAAGCAUGGAUUCUGGGCGAGACUCUGUGCAAGAUAUUUCCCUUAUUUUUUUACGGAAAUGUCGCCGUAUCUUUGCUCAGUAUGGUAGCCAUUACUAUUAACAGAUAUGUACUGAUUUCACAAUCGGACAUCUACAAUCAAUUAUAUACCGGUCGCGGCAUAACGCUGAUGUUAAUAGCCAUAUGGACUCUAAGCUUCUUGAUGCUGCUGCCACCCUUGUUGGGUCUCUGGGGCACUCUAGGACUGGAUUCAGCCACUUUCUCGUGCACCAUAUUGAAAAAAAACGGUUCCAGCCCGAAGAAGUUUCUGUUCGUUCUAGGCUUCGUUGUACCGUGCGUAGUGAUCAGUGUUUCGUAUCUCUGCAUAUAUUGGCGCGUGCGGAGUAGCCGGAAGAAUCUCGAGGCACACGCAGCGGAAAGACGCGCUGGUAGACGAGGCGGUGGAUUCCAACGAAGGGAGGAUUCCAGAGUGACUAGACUCAUGCUUACCAUAUUUCUCUGCUUCUUGAUGUGUUUCAUGCCAUUGAUGCUGGUGAACGUAAUCGACGAGAAAAUGAAGAUCCCGAUACUCCACGUAGUAGCGUCCGUGCUCGCUUGGGCCUCGGCGGUAAUAAAUCCUUUCAUCUAUGCCGGUACCAACAAACUGUACAGGGAAGCGUACAAACAGGUUCUAUGUCCUGCCUCAAACAGAACACCCACGAUUGGUCCUAAACCAGCGCAUUCUCAUUCCAGCAAAGUCUCGUCACCUCAUACGACAUAAAAAUAUCGUCCGCUUCGAGAUGAUUGAUCGUAGAUAAAGAUAGUAAUAAGUAAAAAGUUGAUACAUAAUAUUAUUUUGCUUAUCUUUUAUAAAGAAUUAAGCGUUUAAAAAACAGUAACGUAAAAAUAAAUUUUUUUUAUAGAAUAUAAAUGUAAAAGAUUAGAAAAAUCUAAAAACUGCAAAUGCGAAAGUUUGCGUUCGUGAUUUCACAGAAUAAGCGUUAACGAAAAAAUAAGAUUUUCAUUUGACAAAUCAAAUAUCUUCUUUUUAUUUCUUUUUUUGCAAUCGGGAAUAAGAAAUAUAAAAUUAACGUAGAAAAAAAUAUAUAUAAAAAAUCUUAUUUCUUGCCUUACAUACACAGACACAUUGUAUCGCAAUCUUACAAUAUAAAAUGACACGUCUCUUUGCAUAAUAUACAAAAUAUACAUAUACUUUUAUUUAAAAAAAGCUUAAAAGUGUAUAAUAAAAAAUAUAAAUGCACAUGGUAACAACAUUGGCAAAUUAAAACAUAUACAUUUAGAAAUCUAUAUUGCGAUUUAAAACAAAAGUAUGAUUCAUAUGUGGUAUAAAUCAUACAUUAAAUGGUAUAUCUCAUACAUAUAAAAGAUUCAUGAUAAAACUCUUUAAAAAAAAAUAUUUCGAUUUAAAUGUUUGUGUUUGUAAAAGAUUACACAUACAUCUUCAGCUUACGAUCAAAGCUAUGCUUCAGAGCAAUUUUGGUUUUGCUGAUAAUUCGUUCAACAAAAUUUACACUAUAGAUGCAUAUUAAUUUGAUAAUAAUAUAUUUGUACUUGAAGAGAAUGAGAGUAUAUUAUCGUUUAAGUACAUCAUGUGGAUUUAGUCAUGCACAUCACAAAGGUACUAUUAAAAAAAAAAAUUUGAUUUUAAUAAAACCAACAAAAUGAUUUGGAUAAGAUUAAUAUCUAUGAAUAAAAAUAAAGAAAUAAAAAUAUUUAAAAAAAAUGUAGAAAUAAAAAAUGUGUGAAAAUAAAACUAUAUUUUCUAUUAUAUUUAAAUAAUACGUGAUGCAUAUAUUUUAUAUUCGUGUCAAUUCUUAUAACUUUACCUUAUCUUCGUUACUGACCAAUCAUAUAUUAAUCUCAGUUAUUUUAUGCUAAACAUGGACGGAAAUUGUAUCAAUACUUUGUAAAAUUUACUUCUUACAUAUUACAUUUAUGUAAUACAAUUUAAAUUUAGGAUAUAUCAAAGAUAAAAUGUAAAUAUGCUACGCGAAAGAUCUGUGUAUAUAUACGUACAUACAUACAUACAUACACAUGUAUGAUGAUAAAACCUAUGAGAUUCUCUUGUGAAUACAAUAUUUAAAAAAAA